GGCGCCCGAAGCAGAAAAAUGAAGGCGAGCAUUGACUUCAGCGUACUUUAAAUAUCAAAUUUAAUAUUUCCCUCAGUAAUAACUAGUAAUUGCUGCAUUCGCACGUAUUCGACAGAUAACAGGAUGUCACUGAAACCCAAAAGGAUAGAUUUUGAUUUUACAUGGGAGCAGUUGAGAGAGACUGUUGCUGGUGUUAUCACCCUAGGAAAGGUCCCACGAUCUGUCUGGAAUGAUCGUUUCUCAGAUGUGUAUGCUCUUUGCGUAGCCUUUCCCGAGCCCUUAGGAGACCGCCUCUACCAGGAGACCAAGAAGUACCUUAAUGAACACGUCCAGUACCUCUAUGAACUUGUGGUAAACAACGACGACCUCCUGGCGGCCUACUACACGCACUGGCUUCAGUACAGUCAAGGGGUUGACUAUCUCAACAAACUUUACAUGUACCUGAACACGCAGCAUAUCAAGAAGAACAAGCUGAGCGAAGCCGACCUCAGUUACGGCUCCGUGGAGCCGACGGAACAGCUCCUGGAAGUCGGGGAGUUGGGGCUGGACCUGUGGCGUCGGAACAUGAUAGAGCCCUUACGUACCAACCUGGUCUCUCUGCUCCUGGAUGCCAUUGAAGCGGACAGGCGUGGUGACAGCUCAGUGCCCCAGAAAGUGGUCCAGGGAGUGAUAUUGUCCCUCGUGCAGGUGGAGGAAUACAAACGUAAACUGCCCCUGUCCCUUUACCAAGAGCUGUUCGAAGGCCCAUUUCUGGCUGCAACGGGAGAACACUAUCAAAGGGAAGCGAGCCGUCUGCUGCAGGAAUGCGGCUGUUCGUCGUACAUGGAGAAGGUUCUGCAGUGCCUGGCGCAGGAGAACCUGCGUUCCCGCAAGUUCCUGCACCCUUCUUCCUAUCCGAAAGUCACUCGAGAAUGUGAGCAACGGAUGGUCGGCACACACCUGGCCUUCCUCCACCAGGAGUGUGAGCCCAUGGUGGCGGCUGAACGGAAGGGUGACCUGGGACGCAUGUACACCUUGCUGAGGCCACUGAGAGCCCUGGAUCCCCUAAUUCAAACCCUGCAGCGCCACAUGGAACGUGUGGGCUUGGAGCGGGUUGCCAGCUGUACGGGGACAAACGGCGCCAACGUCAACGUCCCUCAGCUCUUUGUCGAAGCCGUGCUCGAAGUGCACACAUCGUACCAGGAACUUAUAAAGGAUGUCUUUCAAGCUGACCAGCAGUUUGUCAGUGCCCUUGACAAGGCAUGCGCCACUAUCAUAAACAACAGGAGCAACACCAAGCAACCCUGUCGCUCUCCAGAGUUGCUGGCCAAGUAUUGUGACAGCUUGCUCAAGAAAAGUGCAAAGGGCAUCUCUGAGUCUGAAGUGGAGGACCGUCUUAGUCAGUCCAUAACCGUGUUCAAGUACAUAGAUGAUAAAGAUGUCUUUCAGAAGUUUUAUGCAAAGAUGCUGGCAAAGAGGCUCAUUCAUAGUCAGUCUAUGUCAAUGGAUGCUGAGGAAGCCAUGAUAAACAAACUGAAGCAAGCCUGCGGAUACGAAUUCACCAGCAAGCUCCACCGCAUGUUUACGGACAUGAACGUGAGUGCUGACCUCAACGGGAAGUUCAACACGUACCUGAAGGCUGGAGAGAUUGACCUUGGCAUAAAUUUUUCAAUCUACGUGCUUCAGGCUGGUGCAUGGCCCCUAGGACAAAGCGCCAUCUCACCCUUUGCUAUACCGCAGCAGCUAGAAAAAAGUGUGCAGAAGUUUGAGCAGUUCUACCAGAGCAAGUUCAGCGGACGCAAGUUGACGUGGCUACACCAUCUGUGUCAGGCGGACGUCCGACUGUGUUACCUCCGCAAGCCAUACCUUGUCAGCCUUGGCACAUACCAGAUGGCCCUGCUUCUGCCCUUCGAGGUCACGGACACACUCUCCGCUCGGGACCUGCAGGAAUCGACUCGUCUAUCUGAGGACCAGCUCUUCAAGCAAUUGCAGAGCCUUCUGGAUGCACGGUUGCUCAAUUGUUCACAGGAGGGUCCCCUAUCUUUGGCUACAGUGCUUCACCUAAACAAGUCUUACUCAAAUAAACGAACGAAGUUUAAGAUCAGCGCUGUUGUCCAGAAGGAGGCAGCACAGCAAGAACUGGAGCAGACACACAACUCUGUGGACGAGGACCGCAAGCUGUACCUGCAGGCAGCCGUCGUACGCAUCAUGAAGGCGAGGAAAGUCCUGCGGCAUAACAUGCUUGUUCAGGAGGUGAUCAACCAAGCCAAGAACAGGUUCUCGCCAAAUGUAACAAUGAUCAAGAAGUGCAUCGAAGCCCUGAUCGACAAGCAGUACUUAGAAAGAACACCGAAUUGCCCCGACGAGUACUGUUAUGUGGCAUAAUACAACCGGAAACACAUGGAGGAAGGACAACCCUUGUGGCAGCCGUCUCGACCGUAUUCGGUUUCUGUGGAUACUACGCGUGGCUGUGACUCGGACUGUGGCUAUGGCUCCGGCUGUGCCUACUAGCAAAAAAAAUCUCACUGCACCGGUUUCUCACGGUCAGGUACGUUUUUGAUGGCAAGGGGAAAGCUCGGACCCUCCGGGGGUGGAUUGUACAUGUUGCCGGGAAAGCUUGUAAAAUAAACAGUUAGAAAUGAAAUAAGCGGUAAAGAAGAGCUGUUUUCUAAUGAGAUUGUAAAACUUUUGUUACCGAGGCUGCUUGCACGCCGCGCCUAACUUUGGCAGCACUGCAUUUUAUUCCGUGAUGAUUCGUGCAGGUUAAAAGCUGGAGUGAGAUGGAGAGCCUAUGUGUAAAUGAAAUGCGUUAUUUAAUAUCCUGUGUUUGGAAUUGUGAAAUAAAAAUACCAUUUUACUUUGCUUCAUUGAUGCUUGGUGUGCGCGGUUAUGUCAUUGCUUCAUCGUGCAGCCUUCAGGAAAAUUUUCAACGUGCAUGCUUUCUAGGCAUCACAACUAGGAUGUACAUUUUAUUUAUAAUUGACAGAGAUACGCGCAUAUUUUACGCAUGAACGUCACAUCACUGUCUGAUGGGAAAUACCUGCAAUGCUUCUGUGUAUAGGAAAUAACUUCUCUAAGCAUUCUGUGACUACAUAUGACUAUGAUUAAAGAAGGUGGUUUCAAGGA